UGUGGAACAAUACAAAGAGGUUUAUUUACAUAGUAACUAAUUAGUAAUCUGUAGUUUAUUUUGUGAAAUUGACUUAUAGAGUUUUAUGCCUAUAUUUACAAAUACUUACCUUUUUGGUUCGCUUUGUAACUUGAAAAUCAGACCUAUAUAAUACUUUGAAAACAGACAUUGUUCAAAGAGAAUACAGUAAUUUUGUGUGGAGUCAGUAAAACGAGUUAGGAAAAAGUUUUCUUCGUUGUCUACCUCUACAACCACUGUUACCACUACCACGUAACACUACAAUGGCCGACCCGAACCCGCACCAGUUGAUCACAUGCCCGUACAACAUGGCGCACCAGGUAGAACACUAUCGUAUGCACAUCCACCUGCAGAAGUGCCGCAAACAGCAUCCCGGAUGCAAGAAGUUGACCUGCCCUUUCGAUGCGACCCAUAUCGUCAACGACGUCGAGCUGGAUUUUCACGUGACCGUGUGCCCGAAGCGUCUGAUGCUGGACAGUCAGUUGUACAUAAUGGAUGACGACUAUAGACCCGUGGUGGACGUCCAGCCGGUGCCCGCCGUCAUACCCUGCGACGAGAACUGGGACGAUGAGGCUACUACUUCAUACAACCCCAGUUUGGCGAAGAAAGGUGCUCAUAUAAUUACCAAAAUCAAGGGCGCUACGCCCUCGGAGCGCAGGAAAGCCAGGAUGGAGGGCGUCAAGAACUUCAGACCUCUGGAUCCCAAUUAAGACAAAGCAGGGCCUAACCACAACUUUAUUGUUGGUUGGCGAUUUGGGGUGGUUGCUAAGAAAAUAAAAAUAAAAAAGAUUUUUUUUUUUCAUAAAAUAAAAAGAGUAUUUUGUUUAUUUAUUUUUUCAAGAAAAGAACAUUUAUUGUUUUUUUUUUUAAUCAUGAGGGUGCCACUACUGCAUAUCACUUGUUCGUUUUGUUUUUCAAAUUGGAAUUUAUCAUGGAAAUAAUAGGUACUCCGUUGUACGAAGUACUUACUAAAUCCAUGGUAUAGGUACACGAGAUCAAACAGUCAUAAUGUUGUUGAUUGAAAUACGGUUUUGUUUACAACAAUAUUUGUUGUCCAUGCUGUAAAACAUUAAAUAGGUUGUGAAACUUAUGUAUAUCAAGCAGAUUAGGUUGUGAAUCUAUGUUAUAAUGAAAAAGAGUCUACCACAUCAAAUUGUCAACCUUUAUUGUCACAGGGUCGUCAAAUACAAUAAACAAUGUCAUACUUUAUUGCUAUACAUAAAAUUUAAUGGCACUAUAUAAUUUUUGAAUUUAAAAAAAAAGCACCAGAUCUGUCAUUGUCAUGAAGCAGAAAGUUUUUUUUUUUUAUUGUUGGAACUGCCCGUCCAUGUUUUUAUAUACCUAUCAAGAUCGUAACAAUUUAACACUCUUCAUAUAAAAAGUAAGAUAUUUGACGGGUCACACGUGUUCUCAACAUCUAAUUGAAAAAAAAAAAACAAAUAUCAGUAUUUCAACCCGGAUCUAAAACAGUGUAGUAGUAUAAAUGUUUAUGAUAGAGUCCGCGCCAUGAAAGAAGUCCCACACGCGGCGCUACAGUCGCUGACAUCAACAACGUGGCGGAUCUAUUAUCGAUAGUUCCACAAACGGCCGCUGCGCUUUCACUGGCGCUGUCUCUGUUAUACAAAUGCUUUAUAGAUAAUUAGCAGUUUUAAUACAGUCAACCGCAUAUUAACCGCCAAUUCAUUGUAAGCUUGCCAGUAUUACCGCGUCAUAGAGGUAGAUGAAGGGUAACUUGAUGUGCUGUUGACCGUACACAUGUGAUUCUAGUUGCUGUUGUAGAAAUUGAAAAAAAAAAUGUGCUCAAUAGGUAAGUUGUAAAAUCCCAAAAAAAUAAAUAUGUUGUUGUCAUAAUGGAACUAAAUAUAUAUCCAUUCGCCCGCAGGAAUGUCCCAAUUUUACAAACACAGAAAAAGCCGACUACCUACUAUUUUAUUUUAUCGAUUUUUCACACAAAUGUAUCGUUAAACAUACGUUUUGUAGGUACAUAUAUUUUUGUGUUGACUUCGUUAACAUCAUAUACGAGUAUCCUAUAUCACCAGGGGCUAAAGUAAUUAUUUUAAUGACACAUUACACAUAGUUAUCUGUUAAAUAAACUCAAUACAUACUCUGAAUAUUUUCUUCAUACUUUAUGGGCAGUCGUGUUAAAAAGUAACAUUUAAAAAAGUUGUCUGUCAUUUUAUACCUUCCAUCUCCACACAAAUCGAUUCAAAUUUGAAGUGAGAAAAAAAACACGGAAUAUAGAAAACCAUAGAAGACAAAGACCAAUUUACAGUUGCCAAAUGCACACAUCAAACUGUAAAAUAAAUUUGAUUUGAGUAAACAUUAGAUUUGAUGUCUUCAACCCAAAAUAGCCCAAAUCAAACAAAGCUAAAAAUCCUUCACUCUAUACCUCUACAAAAGAGUUCACUUGCUGCAGCAUACAAAGCGUAAUAAAAAGUCGCUACUCGCUGCCAAUCCCUGUGCAUCGUAACUACACAAAGGAUUUUGAUGUGGGAUUUUUUUUAACGAGUGUUUUCCCCAAGGAAAGUUUAGGUGUUUCAUUUAUUAUGGUGUUACCCGAGCGAAUCCGGGAAGGGCCACUAGUCAGAUUAUAUUUAGCUUCACUAUAAUCUACAUUACAAUCUAGUUGUUGUACAAUAGAUGAUAAAAUAUCUUUAAUGGUUCUGGGACUAUACAUUUCUUUUUUAAAUGUUAAAAAAAUGUUUUACAUUAUUACUAAGUUUGUAGAAAACUUUAGUGUGCUAACAUCGUGGCCGGCCUAUAAAAAUUAUAAAAUGUGUAUUUAUAUAUACAGGGGAAAAGUUAGAAUGUUUUUGGAUUGCAGCAAACCCUCUUGUUUACCAAUGGGAUUUGUUACAUCGGGGGUAGUAAAAAAUAUUGCGAUUUGUAUGAAAAGUUGGUGUUAUCUUUGUAUAACUAAGUACAAAAUAAUGACUAUACAUAUUACUUUCUUAUGUUACCAAGUGUCAUACUAAGCAUAUGUCUAUUAAAUAAGACUUUUCUUUCUUGACGACACAAACAGUCAUAGGUUUGUAGAUCUGUCUUAGUUUGUUAUUGUAAGUAAAUGUAAAUAAAUGUUUAUUUGUA